AUGUCCUCGACGGUCGCAACAGUGACUUCAACGGCGACGGCAGCACCCACCUCAUCCAUCGAUGCUGCUGACGCCGCCAAAGCAUCGGCAUCCUCGGCGGUACACUCGCUCUCCAAAGCAAUAGCCUCCGCCUCCGCAGCUCUUACAUCAGAGAGUGCCAUCGCUGCUGGCAACGCGGCUAAUCCACCAGCUUUUAAAUAUGUUGGUCUCGCAUUGGCUGUCGGAUCAGGAAUCCUCAUCGGCUCCUCCUUUGUCUUCAAGAAGAAAGGCUUGCUAUCAGCACAGAAGAAGUACGAUACAGCAGCAGGCGAAGGUCAUGCCUAUCUCAAGUCUCCUUUAUGGUGGACAGGCAUGAUUAUCAUGGUGUUUGGCGAGGUGUUUAACUUUGUGGCAUAUGCUUUUGCCGAUGCCGUCCUCGUAACACCACUAGGUGCACUCUCGGUGGUCAUCUGUGCGGUUCUCUCGUCUAUCUUCCUCAAGGAAAAGCUCACCCUCUUCGGCAAAGUGGGAUGCUUCCUCUGCAUCGUCGGAUCGGUCAUCAUCGCUCUCAACGCACCUACGUCCCAUGUCGGAGGCAAGAUUACCGAAUUUCAGAAGCUCUUCCUCGCUCUGGGCUUUCUGGUGUGGGGCAGCGUCUGCAUCGUCGCCUCGCUCGUGCUCAUCUUUGUGUUCGCUCCCAAAUACGGCAAGCAGCACAUGAUGAUCUACAUCACCGUCUGCAGUCUCAUUGGCGGUCUCAGCGUCAGCGUCACUUCCGGGCUCGGCUCGGCGAUCCUUCUCUCAAUUCGAGGACAGAAUCAGUUCAAGCACUGGUUCAUCUACUUUCUGCUUGGCUUCGUCGUCGUCACGCUGCUGGUCGAGAUCAACUACCUUAACAAGGCGCUGGAGCUCUUCAACACUGCCACAGUCACUCCUACCUACUACGUCAUCUUCACCGGCGCCACUCUCCUCACCUCGAUCAUCCUGCAGCAAGGUCUCAACGCGUCUCCACUUCAGAUUGUCACGCUGGUCAUGGGCUUCCUGGUCAUCUGUGCAGGCAUCGUCUUGCUCCAAUUGAGCAAGAUCGACCCAGAAGAGCUUCAGGACAAGCCAGGAUUGGAUCGUGAUACCACGCUCCUGAUGCGCGCUAGCCACUCGGUCAUCUCGCACGGUGGCGAAAAGUCGGAUACCGCGGCAUACGAAGACCCAGGUUUGGACACUGUGCGUGGAGGAAUGGGUAUCGUGGGCUCCAUGAUCCGCGCUCGCAGCUCCCGAAGAUUCAGCUCUGCGAGCUCCUGGCGACCUCACAGUGCAGCAGACGAGUACAACCUUCGCAGUCGCAACAAUCUUCCGCUCACAACGCAUGGUGCCGGCAACAUCGAGCGCUUCCAGCUGCAGGAUUCACCGCUGUCUCCGCGCAGCAUGCAUCGCGACAACACCAAUUUGACCGUGCCAGGCACACCGAGUCGAAGAGGCACCACCAUCUCCUUUGAGGCCGGUGCAGAUGCGCCUCACGGGCAUCACGCUGGCGACGUGUCUCCCACCGCAGCUACAGAAUUCGGCGCCAUGGCCAACAGCCCUCUCCACUCGAUCAAAGAGGCGUCGGACGGCAGCGGCCGCACCACGGAAGCAUCCGGCUCGGCGAACGCUGGAUCACAACGCCAAGGGUCAGGCACGUACGUAGACCCAUACGCCCCUCGACACCACUCACCACUGUCGCCCACCAUCCCAAAGACAGAAGGCGCAUCCAAUCUCAGUAACGUCUGGGACCAGCCCAUCCACUACUCGUCUUCGCCAGAGGAAACGCCUGAUUCGGAGGCGGACGAGUACUCGAUUCGCGCGGUGGAUGCAAAGAAGGGCAACGCAAGUCAACAGGGCAGCACACGCAGCAGCAACAAGGACUAUCCCAAGAUCAAGCCCAGGGUCGCAUCCAAGACGUUGGGAAAGAGUACGAGUGACGACGAUGAGGCGGAGGAGCUGCUCAGUCCGCGACUCAACUACUAUCGGUGA